UUGCACCUUCGGCUGGUUGAUGACGGCUCCGAGCAGUCGUGACGAAUUUCCUUAGAGCGUGCGCGUGCCCUUCAUUCGUUUCCACACAGUUCAUGUGGGAUCCUCAGUUGCGCUGAGAAAGGUGACGAUGGCUUCUCCCUACAUCCUCGAGUUUAACAGUGGUGGCUUCAGUUUUGAAAACUGUAUCAGAAAUGCACGCAUUCAGGCUUCAGGAGAGCAAAGCAGCAAGUUGAAAGCAAAAAAAACUGGAACAACAAUUGCUGGAUUAAUCUUCAAGGAUGGCGUAGUUCUUGGUGCAGAUACUAGGGCCACAUCUGGAGAGACUGUGGCAGACAAAAACUGCAGCAAAAUUCACUACAUAACCCCGAACAUUUAUUGUUGUGGAGCUGGCACAGCUGCCGAUACAGAAAAAACUACAGAUAUGCUGCGCUCCAAUCUUGCUCUCCAGAUCCUUGCCAUGGGCCGGAACCCACGUCUCAUUAUGGCCUGUCGCAUUUUGCAGGAUUUUCUUUUCAGACACAAGGGCCAAAUCAGUGCCAUGCUGCUGUUAGGUGGGGUGGACUGCACAGGCCCUCAUAUCUUUACUGUUGGUCCCUAUGGAUCUGUGAACAAAGCACCAUUUGCAACAAUGGGUUCUGGCGAUCUCGCAGCUUUGGCGGUUUUUGAAGACCGUUACAAACCCAAUAUGACAGAGGAGGAAGCAAAACUACUAGUUCGGGAUGCAAUACAUGCAGGAAUCAUGAAUGACCUUGGCUCUGGAAGCAAUGUGGAUCUCUGUGUCAUUAGACGGAAUGGAGCAGAGUACAUACGACCAUUUGAAAGCUCAAACUACAAAAGUGAAAGGCAAAGAAGAUACAAAUAUCCAGAAGGAACAACCCCUGUCCUUAAAGAACAGACAAUGAAGCUGGAUUUAGUAGAGGAGACAGUACAUCAAAUGGAAGUUGCACAGUAACUAAUGAUAAUGUAUAAGACUGAAACAAUGCGUAUUUGUGCUUACAGUCACCAUAAAUCAAAACAGUAAAGUUUAGACAAUGUUUUGUGCUAUUUCAAAGACUGUUUAACUCAUGUGAUAAUACUUGAUGCAUAUUUUCAAAUAAAUUUCCUCAUUUUGACAGA